AUGCGUGGCAUGCGAGUCGCUUUAUUCGUGGCGAUACUGGCCACGAUCGUCGAAAUCUCGAGGGCCGAGUCGACUCGACAGUCCCUCCAGUGCAAGAACAUCGCGAGGGACGUGAUUAUAAAUAGCUGCAAAGGACCAAGGAUGAAACGAUCCCCGGAGAAAUUUGACACUAGUAAUGCGGAUCAGAUCGUAAAGGCGACUAUAUCAGAUGUGAUGGAAGAAAAUCCAGUCGGAAUGGAAAUAUUCGAGCCAGAAGGAAGCUAUUAUGUACAAGCUAGAAUGCCUUUGCAUCAUGGCUCUUAUGGUUAUGGACUUAUGCCUUCGAGAUUCGGAGGGAUAGGACAAAAUUAUCAAUCGACCAAUUUCCAUCAAUCAGAGCUUAUCACGCCAGGACUCGAAUUCAUGGAUACUCAGUACACUGGCAUGUCAGGAGGAAUGUACGGUUCCUCUCUACCUAUGCGACCAAAAUACCUAAUAAGAUCCGUCAAAUCGGACGAUCUUCUCGGCUUCAAUUUAAGCCCAGAAGAACUGGAAGAACUUCACAAUGAGAUCGGUGACAGAAUGCCAAGAAACUCGAAGAAUCUUAACAAGAGAAUUUUCCAACAGAUUGCAAUGAAAUGCUGUCCGAAUGCGAGACUGUGCUACGAUAAUCCACGAAUAAUUCCUUGUAUGGGAUAUUAAAGACGACUUCGCGAUUCACUGUUGAUAUUUUAUCAUCGAAAAGAAAUACAAACGGUUACUUAAGAGUUUAUUAUUUAAGGAAAACGAUACUUAAGGAAAUGUACAUAUUACUUAAAUUCUCAGAUGUCUUCUUGAGAAUAUUUAAAGGAAAUAAAAUACAUGUUGUUGCGUUUGUCUAGUUUUGCAUAAAUUACGAUCUUUUUUAUACGUUUUUCUUUUUUUUUCUUUAUCUUUAUAUUCGUUUACCUGAAUUUAGAAUCAACAUUUAUUCUGGGAAUAAAUCAAAUAUAAUUUAAUUUAGAUUCAUCUUAAAGAU